AUGGGCAAAGGUACGGACAAACUCUACAUCACCCACAGCGAGUGGGCUUCCGAAGAUGCAUACUCCGCCAGCGCCGGCUCCGGCCUCUCCAAAUCAAACGCCCCUGACAACACUUUCAAACGUCUCCCCUUCAACUUCUGCGCCCUGUCUCUCCAACCCUUCAAAUCCCCCGUCUGCACGUCCGACGGCACAACCUUCGACGUCGACAAUAUUCUGACAUGGCUCUCCAAACACGGCACCAACCCUGUCAGUGGACAGCCUCUCAAGGCUACAGAUUUGCUCAAGCUACACUUCCUCAAAAAUGAUGAGGGCGAGAUGGUGGAUCCGGUCACCUACAAGGUGUUUACUGAUAACACGCACAUCGUAGCGGUGGGGACUACGGGCAAUGUGUAUGCGUGGGAUACGGUUGAGAGGCUGAAUGUGAAAGCCAAGAUGUGGCGGGAUUUGCUUAGUGAUGUGGAGUUUGGGAGGAAGGAUAUCAUUACCUUGCAAGAUCCGUUGAAUGUGAAGGGCAGGAAUCUAAGCGAGUUUAAAUACCUUCAAGAAGGCGUCAAUACAUUGACGGAGGAGCAGCAACGAGAGCGGAGUGCGGGUGUCAACAAGAGCGCUCUUGGAAGCGCGGCUUCCGUGCUGAAAGAGAAAGACACAGCAGCGCCAGCACAAUCUCAAAUCGGCAAAUACCUCCACCAACAACCCUCCUCGACCUCACCCUCCACUUCCCUCGCCAAAACCUCUUCUAGCAACGGCACAGCAAAGUCCCAAGCCCUCCACACUUCAAAAGCAAUCCCUUACAACGCCGCCCAGCACACAACAGGCCAAGCCGCCGCCUCCUUCACCUCCACAGGCCUCACACCCCACACUGGCGGCGAUCUUGCCCUCCUGAGCGACGAAGAAUACAUGCUCAAGCCCCGCCGGGUCAAGAAACCAGGCUACGCGCGCAUAUCGACGAAUUACGGCGAUAUCAAUCUCGAACUGCUGCCGGAGUUUGCGCCCAAGGCCGUGUGGAAUUUCACGCAGUUGAGCAAGAAGGGCUACUACAACGGGGUCGUGUUCCACCGAAACAUCCGCAACUUCAUGCUCCAAGGCGGCGACCCGACGGGCACCGGCAAAGGCGGCGGCUCCGUCUGGAACAAGAACUUCGCGGACGAGUUCGACGGACCCCUCUCCCACGACGCCCGCGGCGUCGUCAGCAUGGCGAACAAGGGCAAGAACACAAACGGCUCCCAGUUCUUCAUCACCUACCGCCCCUGCAAACAUCUGGACCGCAAACACACCAUCUUCGCCCGCGUCGUCGGCGGCAUGGAAACCCUGUCCGCGAUCGAAAACGUAGAAGUGUCGGAGACGGACAAGAGGCCGCUGGAGGCCGUGCGGAUGGAAGAAGUGGCCGUGUUUGUGGAUCCCUUUGAGGAGUUCUGGACGGCGAAGCGGGAGAGGGAUCGGGAGGCGGAGGCGAGAGAGGAGGUCAGAAAGGCCGGGGGUCGAGAGGAUGAGAGGGUCACGUGGACGGGGAAGAGAUUGAGAGGUCCGGACGCUACCGGUGGCGUGGGGAAGUACAUGGCCGGUGCUGCGGUGACGACGGACGGGGGGGAAGUGCUGGCGGAGUGGGAGAGCGGAGAGCCGGGCAGGAAGAAGAAGACGAAGAAGGGGGCGGGGUUUGGGGAUUUCGACGCUUGGUAG